AUGUCUAUAUGGGUGGGCAGUGGCUGCGGUGGCGGCGAGGUUUGCGCCCCCCCAGCCGCCACUGUCCUGUCUGCGAAUACCUCAAUGGAGUCUGGCAUUGAGGCUGGGGUACUCCCGACAGUUACUGGCUCUCUGGCCUCCGCCCGGGAUUCGCUUGGUUCAUUGUCACGGGCGGCCGAACACCUCUAUGACACGGAUCACACGGACCUUGGUAGCGAGCUCGAUGAGGCUGAAAUACGACGGGAGUUGAUGCACGAUAAAUGGCGGCUGCUUUUCGAUCGGUUCGAUCCGGAGGGUUUUGGUGAGAUCCCGUGGCCAGAUUUCCUUCAGACCCUUCAACAUCCCGAUUUUAUAGCGCAGGUGCCGCAUCACAAACGUGAGAUCCUGUUGGAUAAAGCAAAAAGUUCGAGCAGCCCGUCCAUUACUUUUCAAGAAUUUGUUAAUUUGGUAAGUGGAUAA